AUGGCGGCCUCCGGUUUCUUUAGAUGGUAAACAUCUAAAUAAUCUAAUGCAACUUAAUGUUUAUUAUGAAUUAAAUGAUACAUUAUAUUAAGUCAUUAACUAAAGCCACACUAAAGCUACGUCCUACAGUGAAUUAGAGAGUAAACUGACUGUAAGUACUGUAAGUGUAAGUAAGACUAAGACCAAGUUGACCAAGUUACUAAGAGUGUGAAUGUGUGAAACGUAGUGGUCCUACUGACAACUGACAACUGAGCUACUCUAUUCACUGAAUGAAGCUUGUAAAACUGUAUCUACAAUGCAAUUGAAGAUACAAGAAAUUAGUUUAAAAUUACUGGUAAAUCAGGAGAAUAAUACCCGCGAUGGCCGCCAUCUUGAUUGGCGCAACCAGUUAACACUGUCACUAAACCUCUCCCUAAAUCGAUCCCUCUACCUAACCUGAACGCUAUUUCACUGCAACUAUAAUAAACACGCAAAUGACGUCAUGGGUACCGUACCCCUGAUCAGCCAAAUUACCUACUAAUGAUAAAGACUUAACUUAGAAAUUUAGGCUAAAGUUACUUUGAAAGUGGGGAGGGGAAUGUAUUGUAUAUUUCGAAAAUGUUACAACUUCCAUGGACCAUGGGCAUGGGCGGAAAAAGAGUGAGAGUUUGGGUUUCUUAAAAAAUACUUAAAAUAUUAUUCUUUGGUUUAUAAGACUAAUCUUGGUAUCAAAUGAAAGGUAAUUGAAAGGACUAUAUGUUUGUACACAUAUUUCUUCACUUUAAUUAAAAUAAGUUACAGAAAAGAACCAUAAAAUGUGAAAACAUUUUAUGCUAAACCAUUUUUCUCCAAACCCUAUGAUGUACGCAUAUCUCAUAUGGGAUGCAUCUAAAUAUAAAUUAUCUUCACUAUCAAAAUAGUAUAAUAAAACAAUUCCAAAGCUUGUUUAACUAUUAAUCGUCUAGGAAACUUACUUCUAAGGCCUAGGGUUGCCAUAGCAAUAGUAGAAAAAAAACGCGAAGAAAAUCAUCAAAACAACAAAUAAACCUUGGUUUUGCUUGUAAACAAUGAAGUACCACUCUUCUAUGUAACAGUCUUAUUCCUUGGUUUUGCUUGUAAACAAUGAAGUACCACUCUUCUAUGUAACAGUCUUAUUUAAGAAGGGUGCUCAAAAACUUACUUAACAGUGAAAUAGCAAAGAAACAAACAUGAUAUUGAAACAACUCGCAGCGGGUUGGUCCGGGCUUUUGAGAACGGUGGAAGAACGCAGUGUGCGUUGUUCCGCAUCAAAAGAGUUAACUGCCUGGGCCUGGCAUAUUUAGUUUUAAAUUAUUAAUUGAUCUGGACUUUUUAAGACUUUCAUUAUAUACAUGCUACUGUCUUCCUGACUUCCUGUGAAUACCGAAACACCAACCAUUUUUAAUCAUUUCAAAUAUUUUUAACAGGUGACCUAAAACUAAAAAUAAAUUCAAGCAGAAACAUUGCUAAUCUAGCUACCUUAAUGUCCUUACUUUUGGAUGUAUCAAAUAGUCUAUCUAUGGUGAAGGCGAAGGAGAUAUAAACUGAUUUAAAAUAAAAUUAUAUUACUGAUACCGUCUUAAAAUGUUACUUUAAAAACAUCUGGUCUUUAAUUUGUACAUGGUCUAGCAGGAUGAAUUAUUGAAUUCAAUUGCAAAUACUUUAAGAGAAGAGAAUUUUGAGUUUUCCCUUUCAAACAUUCUAAAAAAAAAAGCUUACAUUGCUUAGGCCAGGGUCUCCCAGCCUGGGUGCCGAUGGCUCCCAUUUCACCAUAAGUUUCUUUUCAGGGUUGUCAGAAAAGGUGAUUUUAAUGGCAGUCAAUUUAUCUUUCGACUCUUAAAAUCCAUUUUUAUUUUUUUGUAAUGAGUGCAAGACUUAGACAGCUGUAGAGGUGCAGAUUUAAGAAAAGUUUACGUAAACCUAGGUCUAGGCCUUACAGAGCCCUCUCUGUCAGCAUGGUAGACAAGACACCCCAGCAACAUAGCAUUGGUUAUAGGGCACACUGGGGCAUGGGCGUUCUAGGAAAUCGGUAGCCCACUAAUUUAUUGACCUCUGAGUGUACUUGGAUAGGAUAUUAUUUGAUUGUUUAAAGGCAGAUUUAAAUCAUCCUUAUAAGAGCUUAAUGAUGUUAGUACUUAUGAUUUAAGCUUAGUCAUUGUAUAGUUAAAUAGUUUUCAUGUAAGUUAGUAGUGAGUGGACUGACAAUGAAGGUGUCCAGUAGCAAUGACCAGUGAAUAAAAAAAAUUCAAACUUUUUAAUUAAUACUGUAACAAAUCGUAUACCAAUAAUCCUGGUCCAAACUUUUACUUGAACAAUUAGCCUACCCAUAAUCCUGGUCCAAGCUUUUAUUUGAACAAAUAGCCUACCCAUAAUCCUGGUCCAAACUUUUACUUGAAUAAAUAGCCUAGCCAUAAUCCUGGUCCAAACUUUUACUUGAAUAAAUAGCCUAGUUAUAAUCCUGGUCCAAACUUUUACUUGAAUAAAUAGCCUAGCCAUAAUCCUGGUCCAAACUUUUACUUGAAUAAAUAGCCUAGCCAUAAUCCUGGUCCAAACUUUUACUUGAAUAAAUAGCCUAGCCAUAAUCCUGGUCCAAACUUUUACUUGAAUAAAUAGCCUAGCCAUAAUCCUGCUCUAAACCUUUCCUUGGAUGUAGGUCAAACAAAUGAAUUUAAAGUUUAAAGAAAAGUGACUGACAAGCAUUUUAAAACGUAAGCCUAACAUGCCCCCACUCACAGCUGCUGUGUAUGACCUCAUUAAAUAACCAUUGGAAUUAAAACUCAUCAUUUAAAGCUGAAUGUCACCUUAUGACAAACGACGUCUUUGUUUUAUCAUAUUUUUUUUUAUUUCUAGGCAGCCAUGAUUAAGAUAUUCAGCCUUGCUUUGGUUGCUCGCAUCUGUCUGAUGGUAUACGGGGCGUGGCAGGAUGCCAAUAUGGAUGUCAAGUACACAGAUGUGGACUAUCAUGUUUUCUCUGAUGCAGCUCAGUUUGUAUCUCAGGUUAUUGUCAAUGAAAUCAUAACAAUCAUGAUAUUAUUUUAACAAGCAUGAUAUUGCUUUAAGAAUGAUGAUAUUAUUUUAACAAUCAUGAUAUUGUUUUAACAAUCAUGAUAUUGUUUUAACAAUCAUGAUAUUCUUAAAUUAGUUGGGUUGUUUUUACUGCUUUUGAUUCCAUUGCCGUGGUCACAUAUCAAUAAUUAUUUAUCUUGAUCCCUUCCUGCUAACAGCACCAGUACCUGCUCACAAAAUAUUGUCAUCUGACAACCCAUCUCCCUGCACUACAUACUUACAGUGAUUACAUUCCAUUGCCAUAUAACUCCCUGCUCUGCAUACUUACAGUGAUUACAUAUCAGCUUCGUUAAAGACUUAUACACAAUAUGCUGAACACAAACUAUUUUAAAAAAUUUAUCUAGGUUUUCAAAUUCAUUAAUUUUCCCAUCAUUUAGCUUGAUUAAUGAAUAUUUAGUAUACAAAAUUUAAAAUAUUUGUAAGACGAUGUUAUCUUGAAUCGAUGAAAUAGUCUAUAGUUUUGUGGGUUUUUUUCUCCUCAGGGGAAGUCACCUUACCAAAGAGCCACAUACCGCUACACUCCCCUGCUUGCAUGGGCGCUCACCCCGAAUGUUUGGCUGUCCCCAUUUUUCGGGAAACUGGUAUUUAUAAUAUUUGAUAUCCUGGUUGGACAAGCCAUCUACAGUCUGGUCAAACACAGUGGACACAGCUGGCAGACUGCCAGGAACUGUGCCUUGGUGUGGCUGGUCAAUCCAUUGUCAGCCACCGUGUCCAGUCGAGGAAAUGCCGAGUCCAUCAUGGCGUUCCUUGUGCUCAUGUCCCUGUCAUCUUUAGUCCGGGGCAGGACAAUGUUGUCUGCCAUGUUCUACGGGCUUGCUAUUCACUUCAAGAUUUACCCUAUCAUCUACGCCCUGCCCAUAUAUUUGCACCUGGGUCAUGAGAGUUCUCAUCUAAAAAACAACUCCUCAGUUCUACUAACAUCUAAACCAUGGAACACUUGGCACUCAUUGCUGAACAGUCUCCUACCAAAUAGACAACGUUUUUUGUUUACAUCUGUUUCGGUGGCAGUCCUUGGGAUGUUGUCCGGAUUCUUCUAUUGGAUGUAAGUCAAAUUAAUGAUCAUUGGGUGGAAAAAAACUAUCAAAAUCAAUGCAAAAAAUAUAUGAUAGUGAUUUCAUCUGUCAUUUGGUUCAGUGGUUCUCAACCUCCCUAAUGCUGCGACCCUUUAAUACAGUUCAUCUUGUUUUGGUGACCCCAACCAAAAAAAUUAUAUUUGUUGCUACUUCAUAAAUAUGUGUUUUAUGAUGGUCUUAGGGUCGUUUGACCCCCCAAAGGGGUUGUGACCCACAGGUUGAGAACCGUUGAUUUAGAUAAUUGAAAUCAUUGCUGUUAAAAUAUAUGUCAAAGCUUUGUUGGUCGGCCUAUGAUUAAAAAAAAUAAUAUUUUGGGUUAAUUUUGUUAGUUUUUAAAUUCCUCACCUUAAAAUCUACAUAUCCUGCUGGGAUGGCUGGACCAUUACCUACAUGCAACACAUAUUUUAUUAUUUGUUUUUAACUUUCUUGCAGGUAUGGCUGGACAUUCCUCUACGAAACCUACUUGUACCAUGUUGUGCGAGGUGACAUCAAGCAUAACUUCUCACCUUAUUUCUACCUGCUGUAUUUAACCUCGGACCCUAUCGCCGGUGCCCCCCUCUGUCUGCGUCUGCUAGUGUUCAUCCCCCAAGCGCUUCUACUGGUUGUGGUAGCAGCUGCCUUCUACAGGGACCAACCUCUGACAUGGUUCCUGUGUACAUUUGUCUUUGUCAUGGCAAAUAAAGUUUGCACCUCACAGGUACGUUAAAACACCAUAUAUGUACCUUGUAGCACCACACAGGUAGGUUGUAGUACCUUGCAAUUAUAAUGUAGUGCCUCACAGUUAGGUUGUAGCACCUCUCAGGUAUGUUGUGGCACCUCACAGGUAGGUUGUAGCACCUCUUAGUUUUGUUUUAGAACCUCAGGUAUAAUGUAGCACCUCACAGGUAGGAUGUAGCACCUCAAAGAUAGAUGGGUCACCGCACAGGUAGAUUCAAUAACUAUUUAUAAAAGGUGUACUGCAAUAAGUAUAUAAAUAAGACACAAAUGUUUUGUGUAAAUGAAACAGUGUGAGUAAGCUUUACUUAAAAGGCAUAAUAUCAAUUUAAGAUGCUUUGACUUGUGCUGUACUGAUGAAGGUACUUGCCAGAAUGUCUCGUGUGGUGUUUUGUCUUUCAAUUAAAGCUCAAAGUGUACUGUUUGGUUUUAGGUAAGAUCCUACACAUUCAUAUGGAAGUGUGAUGUGAUAACAUCAUACACAUUCAUAUGGAGGUGUGAUGUGAUAACAUACACAUUCAUAUGGAAGUGUGAUUUGAUAACAUCAUACACAUUCAUAUGGAAGUGUGAUUUGAUAACAUCAUACACAUUCACAUGGAAGUGUGAUUUGAUAACAUCAUACACAUUCAUAUGGAAGUGUGAUGUGAUAACAUCAUACACAUUCAUAUGGAAGUGUGAUUUGAUAACAUCAUACACAUUCAUAUGGAAGUGUGAUUUGAUAACAUCAUACACAUUCAUAUGAAAGUGUGAUUUGAUAACAUCAUACACAUUCAUAUGGAAGUGUGAUUUGAUAACAUCAUACACAUUCAUAUGGAAGUGUGAUUUGAUAACAUCAUACAAAUUCAAAUGGAAGUGUGAUUUGAUAACAUCAUACACAUUCAUAUGGAUGUGUGAUUUGAUAACAUCAUACACAUUCAUAUGGAAGUGUGAUUUGAUAACAUCGUUCACAUUCAUAUGGAAGUGUGAUUUGAUAACGUCAUACACAUUCAUUUUCAGCACAUUCAAUGAAAUCAAAGGCAUUAUACAUUCUGAUUUUAAAAAGAAAUUUAAACUUGGAAAGUUUCAACUUAUGGACGGCCAUCUUGUCUAGUCACACCUAUAAGGACGGCCAUCUUGUUUGAUCACAGCUAUUAGGACGGCUGUCCAUCUUGUUUCAUCACAGCUAUAAGGAUGACCAUCGUGUGUCGCCACAGCUUUAAGAACGGCCAUCUUGUCUAGUCACACCUAUAAGGACAGCCAUCUUGUUUGAUCACAGCUAUUAGGACGGCUGUCCAUCUUGUUUCAUCACAGCUAUAAGGAUGACCAUCGUGUGUCGCCACAGCUUUAAGAACGGCCAUCUUGUCUCAUCACAGCUUUAAGUACGGCCAUCUUGUGUCGCCACAGCUAUAAGGACGGCCAUCUUGUCUCACCACAGCUAUAAGGACGGCCAUCUUGUCUCACCACAGCUAUAAGGACGGCCAUCUUGUGCGGUCACAGCUGUUUCCUUAAUGUCCAUCGUGACUCAAAGAGUGACCUACUAAAUAUCCUAACAGCCAUCAGGAAAUGUUGUGUUGUUUAAAUAAAUAAACAUUAAUAUAAAUGAUAUAACCAAAGAAAUGAUUCCAAAUAGAUGUUCAUCUUUUCCCCAGUAUUUCCUGUGGUACCUGAGUCUGCUGCCUAUCAUCCUGCCAUACCUGAAGCUAAGCAUGGUCCAGGCGGGCAGCCUCCUGACCUUGUGGUUUGGUACACAGGUGAGUCAAACAUUCUAAUGAGCAGGCAAUAAUCCUACAUGCAUCCCUGGUGGUGGGUGGGGCUAGAACAUCAUCAUACUGACCUGGUCAAAUCUUUUAUACCUAAAUGUCCCAACCACUGACCUAAAAAGAUUGUUUUACAUUCUCCAGGUUGGCAACAAAUGUUACAAAAGAUUAGCCUCAAUAAUGGUUAUUUCUUUUUUUUUUUGUAUGUUUUUAAGAUGAAAUCUUGGCCUUUGGAAAACUGAGGAACUCUCGAAACAAACGUGUUGAAAAUAUUACAGUGAAUAAAUAUAUGAAUAAAUUAUUGUGAUUUGAACGCUGACAUCGAUGUCAAGUGGUUGACACAAGAGAACCAAAACACUGGAUAUCUUUCUUUUAUUAGUUGUUUUUUGUUUUACAUUAUUUAAAAUGUGAUAAGAGGGGAAAAUGUCUUUUCACUUUUUGAUUUUAUUUUGUCAAAUAUUUAUGUCUAUUUCUCUCCCCGCAGGCACUGUGGCUUCUACCUGCGUAUUACCUAGAGUUCAAAGGUCACAACACAUUUAUACACAUCUGGUUGGCUGGCCUGCUGUUCUUUGCAGCUAAUGCUUUUAUCGUGUAUUACACUGUCAAACAUUACAUCAGGAAGACCAGAUAACAAAGUCAAAUUAAUAAUCAAAAAGACCAGACAUCACUGUCAACCUUACAUCAAACAGACCAGACAUCACUGUCAAAUCUUACAUCAAACAGACCAGACAUCACUGUCAAACCUUACAUCAAACAGACCAGACAACAUUACCUGUCUAGAGAAUAACGAACAUCGGUCCAAAGUUUUAAAGAGAUAACACAUUGUAUAUAGUUUUUUAGUAUCACCUGUGAGUGGUCAGCUUAUGUUGAUCCAUUGAGUGGUCAGCUUAUGUUGAGCCAUUGAGUGGUCGGCUUAGGUUGAGCCAGUGAGUGGUCAGCUUAAGUUGAGCCAUUGAGUGGUCAGCUUAUGUUGAGCCAUUGAGUGGUCAGCUUAGGUUGAGCCAGUGAGUGGUCAGCUUAAGUUGAGCCAUUGAGUGGUUAGCUUAUGUUGAGCAAUUGAGUGUCAGCUUAGGUUGAGCCAGUGAGUGGUCAGCUUAGUUUGAGCCAUUGAGAGGUCAGCUUAGGUUGAGCCAGUGAGUGGUCAGCUUAGGUUUAGCCUUUAGGUUGAUCCAGUGAGUGGUCUGCUUAAGUUGAGCCAUUAGGUGGUAAGUUUAUGUGGAGCAAUUGAGUGUCAGCUUAGGUUGAGCCAGUGAGUGGUCAGCUUAGUUUGAGCCAUUGAGAGGUCAGCUUAGGUUGAGCCAGUGAGUGGUCAGCUUAUGUUUAGCCAUUGAGUGGUCAACAUAAGUUGAGCCAGUGAGUGGUCAGCUUAGGUUGAGCCAUUGAGUGGUCAGCUUAGGUUGAGCCAGUGAGUGAUCAGCUUAGGUUGAGCCAUUCAGUGGUCAGCUUAGGUUGAGCCAUUGAGUUUUCAGCUUAGGUUGAGCCAGGUAACAAUUGGCAUGAAGGCUCACCACAGAAGGCUCACCACAGACAGUUCAUCACAGAAGGCUCAACAAAUAUUUAUAAAAAAAUAGUUCAUUUUUUAAAGUUGUUAUUUUUAUGAUUGCAUCACAAGUAGAUUGAGACAAGUAGAUUGAGACAAGUAGAUUGAGACAAGUAGAUUGAGACAAGUAGAUUGAGACAAGUAGAUUGAGAAAAGUAGAUUGAGACAAGUAGAAUGAGACAAGUAGAUUGAGACAAGUAGAUUGAGAUGAGUAGAUUGAGACAAGGAGAUUGAGACAAGUAGAUUGAGACAAGUAGAUUGAGACAAGGAGAUUGUGACAAGUAGAUUGAGAUGAGUAGAUUGAGACAAGGAGAUUGAGACAAGUAGAUUGAGACAAGGAGAUUGAGACAAGUAGAUUGAGACAAGGAGAUUGAGACAAGUAUAUUGAGACAAGUAGAAUGAGACAAGUAUAUUGAGAUGAGUAGAUUGAGACAAGGAGAUUGAGACAAGGAGAUUGAGACAAGUAGAUUGAGACAAGGAGAUUGAGACAAGUAUAUUGAG